GACUCACUAUGAAGGCAGCCUGUCAAAUCUGAAACUUCCUGAGGUUUGCUCGCUGUAAUGCAAGGAAGACAGCUCAAAGAUCGCGACAUUUACUUCAACUAUUUAACCAGUCGCACGGUUGUAACGACCUAAUCCAGUAAACCGAUAAGAGCAAGCGAUUGUGUGGGAGAGAGAGAGAGAGAGAGGGGGGUUUUGCCGGGGGUCUGCUGUUGUUUGACGACUCGUUUGGGUGUCUCGAGGAUGUGCUCGUGCUGACAGCAGCUCACGAUCUCUGUCCUUACUGCUCUUUAUAUCUCUAUAGAGGCACAGCAUGUAGAGUUCAGUAGGGUGGGAGGCCAGGGGUCUUUGACGGCUGUCGUAAACGGUUCAGGCUGCUGUAGGUCAUGAAGAUCCGCUGGUCAAGGAAGGUGGCUCUACUGGCCAAGGUCUGCUUCCUCUUCACUCUGCUGUGGCUCUUUUACCUUCUUGUAGUCGGAACCCCCAUCUCAUCUUUGAAUGAUAACAAAGGUGAACGUGACAUACUGGUCCGGGACCUUCCGUCCCUCACGGUGGAGGAUUACAACAGCCUGCUGCGACCCGUCAACGUGAAGCAAGCGCCAGAUCCCAACGCUCCCGGAGAAUACGGAAGAGCCGCUAGAUUGACCCUCACCACAGAGGAGAAGAAAGAGGAGGAGGCAAGCAUUGAACGCUACGCCAUCAACACCUUCAUCAGCGACAAGAUCUCACUCCAUCGCCACAUUCUAGACAACAGGAUGCAUGAAUGCAAAGAAAAGAAGUAUAAAAUUCACCAACUACCCACGACAUCUGUGGUCAUUGCAUUUUACAAUGAGGCCUGGUCCACAUUACUAAGAACCAUUCAUAGUGUGCUGGAGACCACGCCAGCCAUCCUGCUGAAAGAGAUCAUACUUGUGGAUGACUUCAGCGACAGAGGCUAUCUAAAGUCACAGCUCGCUCAGUAUAUCAGUAAUCUGGAGCGCGUUCGUCUCAUCCGCACAAAGAAGAGAGAAGGUCUGGUACGAGCGCGGCUCAUUGGUGCCACCUAUGCCACAGGACAUGUGCUCACCUUCCUUGACUGUCACUGUGAAUGUGUGCCGGGCUGGAUUGAGCCACUGCUGGAAAGAAUUGCAGAAAAUGAAACCACCAUCGUAUGUCCAGUGAUUGACACCAUUGACUGGAAUUCAUUCGAGUUCUACAUGCAGACGGAUGAGCCCAUGGUGGGAGGCUUUGACUGGAGACUGACGUUUCAGUGGCACGCUGUGCCCGAGAUCGAUCGCAAGCGGCGCAAGUCAAGAAUUGAUCCUAUCAGGUCUCCCACUAUGGCUGGUGGCCUGUUUGCCGUCAGCAAGGCCUACUUUGAGUAUCUGGGCACUUAUGACAUGGGCAUGGAGGUUUGGGGAGGAGAGAAUCUGGAACUUUCUUUUCGGGUGUGGCAGUGUGGCGGGUCUUUAGAAAUUCACCCGUGCUCCCAUGUUGGCCACGUCUUUCCCAAGAAUGCCCCUUAUGCCCGAUCCAACUUUCUUCAGAACACGGUGCGCGCUGCAGAGGUUUGGAUGGACUCCUACAAGAAGCACUUCUAUAACCGAAACCCCCAGGCACGCAAGGAAUCGUAUGGGGAUAUAUCUGAAAGGAUUGUUUUGCGAGAGCGGCUGAAGUGUAAUAGCUUUGAAUGGUAUCUGCAGAACGUCUACCCUGACCUGCAUGUGCCAGAAGACAGACCUGGUUGGCACGGGGCGGUGCGAAGUGCUGGAAUCCCCUCUGAAUGUCUGGACUACAACGCCCCGGACCAUAACCCAACGGGAGCUCACCUGUCUAUGUUCGGAUGCCACGGUCAGGGCGGUAAUCAGUACUUUGAAUACACGUCGCAGAAGGAGAUCCGUUUUAACUCUGUGACUGAGAUUUGUGCCGAGUUUCAGGAAGGAAUGACACACAUAGGUAUGAAGCACUGUCCGCGGGAUGGUGCUCCCAGAUCUCCCGGCAGCCUGUGGGAGUUCAGAGAUGAUGGGAGCAUAUAUCAUCCUCAAUCGAACAUGUGUAUCACGUCCUACCGCACAAAAGACGGCCGUGUGGAUAUCCAGAUGAGAAACUGCUCCCCUGGAGACAAAAACCAACGCUGGAAAUUCGAGUGACCUUAACUCCAUGUGAACGUGGACAACGGUGCAAUUAUGUCACUUCGGACACAUGGCUUGUUAUACAUCAAGGAAACGAACAGCCGGCAUAAACACGAGACGCGUUAUCCAUAUAGUGCCUUUGCAAACCAAAGUGGAUGUCGACUUUUAGUGCCAAUGUUUUUUCUUUAUUGUUAGAAAAGUCAGAAGUGGAGAUUAUUAACACAUUGUAGCAAAUUCAACUGUUGGGUUGGACCAGCGUUUCUGUUUACAUUCAUGCACUAUAUGUUAUUAGUAAAUCAUGAUUAGACUCUGCAGUAGCAACCUUGUUGACUGUGCUGCACAGCCAUUUUAUUUAAUUGUUCCAGAAGUGGCAGAUAUCAUGAUGUUUCGAGCGGGUUUGACUUUCAUUAGUAUAUUUUUGUAUUAAUAGGAUCUUUUCACCUUUACCUGUGCAAGGAUUCUUUGGCACACUGGUGUUAAUGGGACUAUACCAGCGUCUUUUUAAGACUUUUAAUUGCCGUCUUUUCCCAAGGGCACGGACACAUCUGCACAACUUACAACAGCAUUCCUAUGGUUUGCUGUUAAGUACACUUCAGUUUAAAGUAGAUUCUGCACUUCAAAGAUGGUGCAAAGUAGUGUUAAGAUAUGUGCUAAAGUCUUUGCACCCCUUUGGGGUUGUGUUAACAUUGCAUUUAACAACCACAUUUGGGGUUACUCAGUGUAACAAUGGUUUUGAAAA